AUGGGCACGAUGAUGGAAACGGAAUCGGUGAAGUCGGAACCAGGAAGCAAAAGCAGGCGGUCGCGCGGUGCCCAACAGCAUCAGCAGCAGCAGCAGCAGCAGGGCAACAAUCAUAGCGCGGGGACGCUGGGAUCGCACCGGACGCGCCACUCGCAUCGGAGCAACAAUCACUCGCGCAGCAAGCGCCCGGACAUGGCCCCGUUCCAGACGAGCGUGAACCUCGGCGAGGACGGGCGGGACGGGCAGGAGAUCAUCGAGGUGUCGAUCCUGCCGCAGGACGAAACAUGGGGCGACAACACGACCGCCAUCACGGGCAACACUUCCGAGCAGAGCAUCUCGAUGGAGGACGUCAGCUACUUCCAGAUGACGGAUGACCGCGGGGUUGGCUUUGCCUGCCAGCGGUACCUGGAGCGGGGGGCGGCCGUUCUCCUCUGUUCCGUGGCCUUCGUGGGCCCGCUCGUGAUGGUGAUCCUUCCGAAGGCCGGCAUCUUCCCGUCCGCCUUCGAAAGCCUCGAUCUCACCCAGAACGAGCGGCUCCAGCUGCUGGCGUGCAACGCAGAGUGCAAGGGGAUGCUGGUCUCGCUGGCCGCACGGUUGCUCCUGCUGGCCAUCGGACUGUGGGCCCUGUUCCUUCGCCGUCCGCUGGCGAUCAUGCCGCGGAUCUUUCUGUUCCGCUCGUGCUCCCUGCUGCUCGUGCUGAUCGCGUCCUUCGCCUACUGGUUGUUCUACAUCGUCCAGGUGACGGAGGGGGCCCGGGCCAUCGUGUCCGGGUCGUCGGUUGUCGACUACCGCACACUGGUGGCGUACGCAACGAGCUACUGCGACACGUUGCUCUUCAUCCACUACGUGGCGGUUGUGCUGCUGGAAAUACGGCACCUGCAGCCGCUGUACCACGUGAAGGUGAUCCGCAGCCCGGAUGGCGAGUCCCACAGCUACAGCAUCGGGCAGCUAAGUAUCCAACGAACGGCCGUCUGGGUGCUGCAGCGGUACUACACCGAGUUUAGCAUCUACAAUCCGUACCUGGAGCGGUUACCGGUGUCCAAGGCGCAGCGUAAGGCGGCCGCCGUCUCGUCCUUCAAGUACUACGACGUGGACGGAGCGACACCGGCCCAACAGCAGACACAGUCCCGAGCCGUGCUGGCGGCUCACGCCCGCCGCAGGGACUCGUCGCACAACGAGCGCUUCUACGAGGAACACGAGUAUGAGCGGCGGGUGAAGAAGCGGCGGGCACGCCUCGUGACCGCCGCCGAGGAAGCGUUUACGCACAUCAAGCGUAUGCAGCAGCAGGAGGCGGGAACCAGUGGCGGUAGCGGAUCGCAGCAGGGCACCAAUGGCCCACCGGCCAUUCCGCUCGAUCCGCAGGAAGCGGCCCAAGCGAUCUUCCCGUCCAUGGCGCGCGCCCUCCAGAAGUAUCUGCGAGUGACGCGACAGCAGCCCCGCCAUACGGUCGAGUCGAUCCUGAAGCACCUGGCGCACUGCCUCAAGCACGACAUGUCACCGCGGGCCUUCCUCGAACCGUACCUGGUGGAGGCACCGGUGCUGCAGAACGACAAGGAGCGCCGCCAGAACCACAACUGGGCGCUGAUCUGCGACGAGCUGCUGUCGCGGCCGAUCUCCGACGGUUGCACCUUCCAGCUGAUCCAGAACGACGUGUCGCUCACGGUAUCGAUCAACCGAAUUCCGCACUUUACCGUGAGCGAGGAGGUGGUCGAUCCGAAGUCGAACAAGUUCGUGCUGAAGCUCAACUCGGAGACGAGCGUGUGA